AUGAAGCCCGAAGCGCGUCCAGGAUACUUGCGAGACAAUGAUCCAAAGCAAAAAUGCAAGGGCAAUUUCAGUUACUGUGUUGCGAAGUAUUGUUUUUCGGUGAGUGCAGCUGCCCUUCGAGGGCAACAGCCCUACUUUUUUUUCGCUUCUUCAAAACGCCUAACAUUCGAGAAACAAACAUUUUCUGGCGCGCAUGCGCCGCUUAUUUCUUGAGGGCGUCGUGCAUUGGAGAAGGGACAACUGGCUGCUGCGACAACUAUUCAGAUCAGUUCUUCGGCGAUCACCAGUGGCCUGACGCCCUGGCUUUACAAGUUGGGAAUAAUCUCAGAUGAGAUGGCUCUGGAGCAUUUGCGCAGCUCUAUGGAACUGGCGAAUGCACGGAUACGAGCGCAACCGUGA